AUGGCAGGCUCAACCGUGGCUUCGACGGCUCCUGAGCCUGUGACCCCUGCCAGAUGGUAUGACAAGUGGAGGUGGUACGAACUCAGCACUUCCAAGGAGGAGAAGGCUCUGCUGUUCAAGCUGGAUUUCAUGAUUCUGACCUUUGGAUGUCUCACGUUCUUCACCAAGGCAAGUUUCUCAUUCCUCGACCUUCAGGCUUUUCAAAAUGCAUACGUCAGCGGAAUGAAGGAGGACAUCGGAAUGGAAGGCAAUGACCUGCAGUACACCACCGGAGUCUUCCAAGCUGGUUACUGCGCUGCCAUGAUUCCUUCCAACAUCAUCUUGACCCGUGUCCGACCUAACCUGCUGAUUCCGGCUUUCGAAGUCCUUUGGGGUAUCUUGACCUUGCUCACCGCGUAUGCCAAAGACGUGAAGCAUGUCUACAUCAUCAGGUUCUUCUCUGGUGUAUUCGAAUGCGUGGCAUAUCCCGGAGUGAUCUACUGCAUUGGAUGUUGGUACAAGAGCACUGAGAUUUCCCGGCGACUUAGUUUGUUCUACAUCGCCGGACCUUUGGGAACUAUGUUUGCCGGGUACUUCCAAACAGCUUGUUACACCAACCUCAACGGUGUCAACGGACUUGCUGGAUGGCGUUGGCUCUUCAUUGUCUGCGGCUGCAUCACGCUUCCCGUUGCCAUUCUUGGCCUCACCGUCUUCCCCGCUCGUCCGGACUCGAAGCAUCCUUCAUGGCUCUUGACGGCCGACCAAAUCACUCUCGCCCGUCGCCGAGUGUCUGAGGGUGGAUCCGAGGCCCCCAAGGUCAAGUUCGACCGCAAGGCCAUCACCGACGUGUUCAAGGGAUGGCACUGGUACGCCUUCGUGGCUCUGUACUAUGUCUUCAACCAAGCCAUGAUCACCAACGGCCAGCCUUUCAACCUCUACCUCAAGGCGCACGAUGAUCGCUACUCCAUCAGUCAGAUCAACAACCUGCCCACCGGCCAAUCGGCUAUCUCGAUCGUCGCUGCUCUGAUCGGAUGCUACUGGGCUGAUGCGACUGGCAAGCGCUGGCUGCCUUCUAUCUGGAUUUGCGGCUUCAUGACCAUUGGUGCGAUCUGCAUGGCAGCUUGGAACAUUCCCGAAGGCCUCAAGUUCUUUGCCUUUUACGUUGCCGGACUGGGCGGUGCACUGAACCCUCUCUUCAUGUCAUGGGCUUCUGAGGUCACCUUCCGAUCUGCCGAAGAGCGCGCUGUGGUUGUGUCUUCGAUGAACGCUGUCGGCCAGGCCCUGCUGGCUGGCUUGAACAUUGUUACAUUCCCGACUCCUCAGGCACCACGAUUCAAGUUCGGCUGGUACUGGGUCAUGGCCAACAACAUCCUCCAGUUCGGACUGGUUCUUGUCAUCAUGACACUUCAUAACCGCGAGAAGAAGAGCAUGGAGAUCUUGGAAGGCCAGGCCGAGGACAUCGAGCAGAUCAAGGUUGCCAACACCACCAAGGGAGACGACGAGUCUGCCUGA